CUGCUGACCCUGUGAGCCUCCCACUUCUUGACAAUUGGUUUCCCUUGCACCGCCUUGCGGCCCUGUGCGACGCAGCUGCUGACCAACCUGGGUUCGAAUAUGAAAAUGAAGAUGAUGACUGGUAAUCACCCCGCAGGGACGAGGAAGAAGGCUAUGGUUAUGCAGGUAUAUUUAGUUCCGAGGAGCUUGCUGGGGUAUUGUGGAAUUGUGGGAAACAGGCUCUUAAUGCUUGCGACGAGUUUACGAAUUUGUAUGGUUGGGAAAAUGUUCUUACGACAGGUUAAACUUAUUGAUUAUAUCACUCCCACACUUGGAUGACUACAUCAUUCAGCGUCAUGUACCUAGUCUCUGAUAGCCUAUGUCGUUGCCUUUUUUUGGCUGCUAGCCUGUUUAUGUUUACUAUAGUUGUCGUAAUACAGCUAUUAGGC